AUGGCUCUGAGCAGGAAGAUGCUUUAUUUUGUUUUUGCUUUGUUCUUCACUUUGGCUCAAUUACCAUCAGGGUGCCAGGCAGGAAUGGAUUACCCCCAGUUGUUUCCAGGAGGGGAGUUUGCUGUUUGCGAGCCAUGCAGGCUUGGUCGGGGCAAGUGCAGGAGGAUGUGCUUGGAGAAUGAGAAGAUUAAAGGACGUUGCAAGCUAAACUUUUUCUGCUGCCAAAGGAGGAGCUUUUAA